CCCGGUUCUCAGCCCGAUCGCGCCACUGUAGAACGUUCCGGAACGUUCCAGAAACCCCUCUCCCCCGCCGGCCCCCACCACCGCCGGCGAUUCACGUUUAUGGAGCUGUAUGGACGUGGCCCCGCGCCGGGUGGCGCUCGCCCCGACCCGGACACCGGCCUCGAAGAGUCCAUGUGGAGAUUGGGCUUAGGCAGUGGCGGCGGUAGUGGCGGCACUCUUCAGUACCCGGAGAGGCCCGGAGAGCUGGACUGUGCCUAUUACAUGCGUACCGGAACGUGCAGCUACGGGGAGAAGUGCCGCUACAAUCACCCCCGCGACCGUGGAGCAAUGACCGGAGCAGGAAGGACUGGAGCUAUGGAGUAUCCAGAGCGAGUCGAUCAGCCUGUGUGUGAGUUCUAUAUGAGGACUGGGAAUUGCAAAUUUGGUUCUACUUGCAAGUAUCACCACCCUAGACAAGGAGGUGGAUCUGCACAGCCAGUCUCACUAAAUUAUUGUGGAUAUCCAUUACGACCGGGGGAAAAAGAGUGUGCCUACUACAUGAAGACUGGUCAGUGCAAGUUUGGUUUUACCUGUAAAUUCCAUCACCCACAACCUGGUGGGUCUUCUGUGCCCUCUCCUGCAUCAGCAUUUUAUCCAACGGUGCAGCAUCCAUCGGUUCCUCCACCUCAUCAGUAUCCACCUUAUGCUGGCUGGCAAGUUGCGAGACCUUCAGUGCUCCCUGGAUCAUAUUUGCAAGGGUCUUAUGCUCCAAUGCUGCUCUCUCCUGGAGUCGUUCCAGUCCAGGGCUGGAACCCUUAUACGGGACCUGUAAACUCCAGUGUGUCACCUGCUGGUCAACAAACAGUUCAACCAGGACCAAUCUAUGGGGUACAGAACCAGGCGUCUUCAACCAAUCCAGCUUUGGCUGGAGCACAAACACCUACUUUGUCACCUGCUGGAACUUUGACUACUAGCCAGAGGGAAAACAAAUUUCCUGAGAGACCUGGCCAACCUGAAUGCCAGUUCUACAUGAAGACGGGGGAUUGUAAAUAUGGAGCCAUGUGUAAAUACCAUCAUCCACCAGAUUGGAGAAUCCCAAGGAUGAAUGUUGUUCUUAGUGCUCUAGGUCUCCCCCUUCGACCGGGAGCUCAACCUUGCACUUACUACAUGCAGCACGGAUUAUGCAAAUUUGGACAGACAUGCAAAUUUGACCAUCCGAUUUCAACUGUGAGCUACAGUUCUUCUGCAUCUUCUCUCUCUGACAUGCCAGUUCCUUACCCUAUUGGAUUUUCAGUAGCCACCUUGGCCCCCUCCUCAUCAUCCUCAGAGCUACGGCCCGAAUUCAUUUCUAUCAAAGAGCGUUUUUUUAGGAUCCCAACUGAGAACCGAUCUAGCAGCUCCAUUGGUUCAAUCUUUUCAAAUAAGGGUUUUCUUCCCCACUCACUCAUUCAACCUCAAAAUUCUGCAUCAAGUAGUAUCAACAGCAGCCCAAUUCUUGUUCAUGUUAUCUCUAGUUCAAGAUGAGAACAUCUGAAUUGAUUGGUUAGAUUUUUGUUCAAGGUAAAACUGAAGCAACUCAUUCUUCAUUGCUCUUGACAUGAGUGGUGUAUCCCACUUUUGAGCACUCCUCUUGUUCACAGUCUACCUUAGCUCAAGUUUAUACACAAUAAAGUAUGGUCAACAUAGAAUGCAAAAACCUAAAAAGUUUGAUGUUUCAUCUCCUUAAUAAAUAGAGUUAUUCAGCAAAAUUGAGAAGCCAAAUAGAUCUGCCUACUUUAUCAGUAUCAGCUUUGAUAACUUCAGAUCAAAAUGGAUACCAGGUUCAUGGCUCAUCUCCUCCACCGCUUCGCUUCACUUCAAUUUAUAAUCUCAUCUCUUCCACCUUACAUUGUAUAGUUCUCUGGAGAGCAGGCUACCGGAUUCUGGUAUUCAAAACUAAUCUGUAUUCGUAAAGGCUGCUGGAGUUUUUCAUCAAGCAAUCGUCCAAUUUGUUGUACUUGUACCUUUUCGUAGUUCUUCCAAGCAGAAUAUUAGAGAUCAAAUGUUCUUUAUGAUCGCAACAUCUUGAGACAAGGUACAUUACCGUAAUGAGAUACUGGUCACUUUAAUUUAAUUGUUUUCAUUGGAAAAA